GCGUUCUGUCGCUCAAUAUCAUAUCAUACCCUUCCACUCAUUGACUCUCUCCAUAGCUUUUUACUAUCGAAGUUGAUUCGCUCACUCGGUCGUUGGUGGGUUAGGCAUGGCUACCAACGGUGUGGCCAAAGCGCCAUCGGCAGGCAGCUUAGUCGAUGCGUCCGGUUACAAGUUCUCUGAGAAAGAUACCAAGCCCGGCAAGAUUAGGUUGAAGAAGUCAGUUAAGCUGAGCAAGAAGAAAGGCGAUGAUGCGCCCGAUUCCCCCGGUUCAUCGCCUAUUCUCCCCGAGAUCGAUGAGAAGACUAUGACCGCUUUCCCUACGGGCAAGCCGCGAGAAGAGGAUCACCUAGAAACAGUGAUUUGUAAGACGUGCAAGAGGCCGGUCCUCAAGCAGAAUGCUGUUGAACAUAUUCGGGGCUGUAUAAGGGCGAAGCAGGAGAAGGCGAGGCGGAAGAAGGAGGCGCGCGAUGCGGCCAACCGAGCCAAGGCGGGUGAUAAGGAUGGGGAUGAGGACGCCGCGGGCGGCGAAGGCGAUGAUUCCAUGAAAGGUCAGAAGAGCGCCAAGAAGAGCGCCGUUAAGGGGAUGGCGGAUGAUGGGACGAAGAAGGGGAAGAAGCGCAAAGCGGAGGGAGAAGAUGAUAAGGAUAAGGAGCCGAAGAAGAAAAAGAAGAAGGAGGAACCUAAACCUAAGGCUCCGAAGCCUAAGGGUCCCGUCGAUGUCGAGAAGCAAUGUGGUGUUACUUUGCCAAAUGGUGCUCAAUGUGCGAGGUCACUGACCUGUAAGAGUCAUUCUAUGGGUGCAAAGCGAGCAGUUCCUGGUCGUUCCUUGCCGUACGAUAUGCUACUCCAGGCUUAUCAAAAGAAGAAUCAGGCUCGUCAGCAGAAGGCUGCAAUCGAUGCCAAUGCUCCUCUACAGGAUGAUAUGGAUAACAAUGGUCCCGUCGAUUCUGACGAAGAGAAAGACUCUGUGAUGGCUGCUAUCACUCGCUCUCACCCGCAGCCCAUCAUCACUCAUACUCUGAUCUCGACCAAAAAGAAAUACCAAUAUGUCCGCAUCAAGGAAAUGCUAUCCCACGCUCUGGGUGGUGCGCGGGGUGGCGGAUUCUUUUCCACCGGCGACAACAAUACCACAUCCACAGAUGGGAAUCUCUUUACUCCUGUGGAUGACGUGGUCUUGGCAUCUCCGGUCGCUGCAAGUGUGGACAAUACUACGGAUGUGGGCAAUAAGACUCCGGUGCCAGCCGCGAAGAAACUGCCAAUAGCGGCAGGCUCGUAGGCGAACAGGCUUACAGACCUUGUGUCGAUCUCAACAGCAGCGAUGAGUAAUGAUCCUUUCAUUCUUUUUACUACUUGAAUUGUGACUGCCACAUUGUGGAGUCCGGGAUGGCGUUCAGGGAACCUACGGAACGGUCUAAUUCGAAUUUUUGUGAUGAUAUGAUACCCCGGAGUCUAUUGUACCACUGGCGAGGUUGUCUGUAAAUUAGUUGAUGUUCCUUGUCUAUCCGUUCCUUUGGUAGAUAACUAGUUGUGUAUUCUGUGAAUGCUAUUGGAGUAGUUACAACCUGAGCCAUACUUGGAACGGGAGGGUUUUGUGCCUCAGGCCACGACAAGCUAUCCCCAACAACCACCGCGUGAUAAAGACU